UUACCGCCGGAGCCCAACCGCGAGGCAAAAGAAGAGGUAUCGAAAGCCCAAGAAAGGCUGCGCAAAGUUACCAUCUUGGCCCUCAGUGAAGCCGACGCUGCAGAAGGUGUUGACCUCGCCACCUUCUCUGCCACCUUUGAGCAGCUUCACCAGAAUGUCACGCCCGAUAUGGCCCUGUGCGGGUUCGCUUCCGUGGCUGACAUGCUGAAGGCAGAGUCGGAGGUGGCUCGCUUGGACCCGGAGGCACAACGCGUAUUUCCGGUGGAUCUACCGGAGGAUGAAUUCGCCGGCGAGGCCGCAGAGGGCUUUCAGCUCCGAGUGGACCGGAGCAAUGGCGGAGAAUUGGGGCUGAAAGUGGGUCCUUCCGAGGAUCCCAGGGCCCUGGAGAUUAUCCGGGUUCACGACGAGGGCUUGGUCAAGGAAUGGUGCCAAAAGCGCCCCUUGCGGAAUGUGAUGUCCGGCGACAGGAUUCUGGCGGUAAAUGGACGCCGGGGUAGCAGCAAACAGCUCGUCGCCAUGCUGCGGCAGACUGUGCCGUUGGUGCUCCUGAUUCAGCGCAAGUGCCACGCAAAGCCUCGUGGUGGGAAAGCCGGAGGGAAAGGCAAAGGAAAGGGACGCGGUCGCGAGGCAAGGCAACACGCUGGCCCGGGCCGGCCUUCUUUUGCGCCCCUCAUACCUGGAGCAGCUGCGAAGAGUAGGUCGCAGCCGUUGCCGAGGUUCAUGGCCAACGGCUGGCAUCGCAACGGUGGACGAGGUCGGAGCCGCAGCCGUGAUCGCCGGCCAUAUGGUCGACGUGAGGAUUCGCACCGCCGACCAAAGACGGGGAG